AUGGAAGAUACAGAAGCUAAAAAGAGUGGAGAAAUAUUGCCGUUUGAGAGAGAAGUCGACAGAAAACCGUAAGUUUGAGUUGGGCACAGCUUUCGUUUUAUAUUAUACUUGAGACCACUGUUGAAGACUUCAUCAAAGUUUUGCGCCUUUCAGAAGUGCCCCCAUAAUCGUUGGUCGCAAGAAAUCUUCAUUUGUCUGGUCCGAAUGGUAAGUGUCACGUGGGUCUUCAAAGUUAACAACCCGCGAUCUCUCUCCACUUACAAGCUCUUCAUUGAGAAAUUAAACUUCUCCAGAAGUUUAAAGAAUCUUUCUUUAACACUUGAUUUUUAACUUUCUUAUUUUAUUUGCUUAAAUUUACAAUUCCACUACUAUGUACAUGCAGAGCAGAGUCCAAUCGUCUCCCAGUAAUCUGUCUUUCUCCAGGUAACCACAAAAAAUAUAUUUUUGGAAAGUAUUAAUAAAACACGUGCGAAUUCUGCAUUUUUUUUGUGUAGGUUUUAAUGUUCUAAAAUCAAUCCGUUUGACCAACAAGCGACUUUAAAAAGUCGGGUUGUUUUUGCGUGAUAAUUUUUGGGAAGUUUCCACAGAUUAAAAUUUUAUAAUAUUUUUAUGGGUCAUCAAAACCUUUUUUUACGCUUUUACAUGGGUUUUAUAAAUAACUGGCGGCUAAAACUUUUUUAAGCUUAUUUUCUAGAAAGUUCUAAAAAAAUCGCGGAAGAUAAAUUAUAAAUGAGUAGGUUACGAGAGCAGAAGAUUAGCAAUAAAGAAUACUUUUUUUGCGUGGUAGAAUGCGUGAAGGUGACAUUUUUUGAUUGGCGAUUUGUUUUUUGAUGUGAAAUAAAAAUGAUGACAAAACGUUUGUAAAAAACGCGACUUGAGUAAAUUCUCCGUAAAGGAUUAUCAAAUGUAUUUACUACAUGUAUAGCCAUUUUUUCUCUGACCGUCUCUCAUCAUUUCUAUACUCUCUUGUCUCAAAAAAGAUGGCUUAAAAUGUCUGUUGAGCAUCAACACGUGAGCUAGAACUCUAGAAAAUUUAAAGGAGACCUCGGAAUAUAAUAUCUACGCAGUUUUUUAUUCGCAAUUGAAGUAAAAUUUUAGAAUUUUAAAUAAGUUCGCGUUUCACUUGACGCGGAAGUUGUUGUACAGCGAAGAGCGGGGCCCUUGAGUGAGAUGACGGAAUGUUUCUUCCCCAAUAAAAAUUUUAACGUCUUCCGCAAUUCGCCCAAGGUUAUCGAGUAGGUGUUUUGCCAGUGGAGAAAGUCACUAAGUUUCGUUUUUGAUAACUAUCGAACCGACUUUCAAACGUUAGGGAAGACAUGAGAGGCGAGAAAUUGUAAGUGUAGACUCUGGCAAAAAUAUAUUAAUUCCAUUUAAAGAAUUUAUUAAUUUUUUUGCCUAAAUUAACAUAAAACUUUAAUUUCAGGAGCAGAGUAUCAGAUAGUAACGUUCCGCAGACCUCUCAGUCAUCAAAUCAGGCCUCAUCUUCCCCGACUUUAAUCACGGAUCGGCCAAAAACGUCGGUUAGCGUCCUCGAUGUGCCUCCAGAAUUCUUGGAGAUUCAGGAAAAGUUGCGGGAAGCGAAUAGAAUGAAGUAUUGCUCGUUCGAUUUGGGGGUAAGUUGGGUAAAAUACGGGGUCAGAGAGAUGUGUUGUCUUAAAAGGUGUUUAGUCAUCCUUGAAAGCUGUUACUUUAUAAUUUAUUUUUCAGCACGCCGCACUUUUUGUCCUAAUCCUUGGCCUUCUAAUAACUGGCCUGGAUAUUGCCAUUCAAACCUAUUUCCGGCAUUACUAUUACACGGGAGUCUCUACAAUCACCAUAUUUUUCUACUUGGCGGCAUUGAUUGGAAACCUAGCGAGAAUUCGAACUCUGUACAUACCACUAAUCAUCUGGAAUGUGAGUUUUUCAAUAAUUUAGAUGGUCUAAAAAAGAUGGUAAAAUACGGACCAAUUAUCAUUUAGAUUUGCGGGAAGCGCAAUACAUAGGAACAAAAAAUAGAAAAAGAAAGAAAAUUAAACAAAAGAAUAGAAAUGAUUCUGGGGACUGGUUUUCUUACAUAGAAUGUGGCAUCUGUGCUGUUCUUAGCGCCAGAUUUGGAUCCUCGAAAUUUCAGUCUACGUCUUUCAGGCAGGUAUCUUUAUUUGAAAAAACAUAAAAAAUGAAAACAGUCUAGAUUAUUAGUAUCUUCAUAAAACGUAUAAUCACUUGUCAUGCCCCGCACCAUGCACAAAAACGCCGAUUUAUCACCGUGCAUUUCACCUUUUGUUUCGUUUUUGCACUGUGCGGCAAAAUAUCACUUUUCGUCGCUGCGCGGGCGCCAGGAAUUUGCACAGUGCAGUGCAAACUUUUUUGAGGUUUGCACGGUGCGAAAAAGAAAAUCCACUGUGAAUCGGCGACACGCAUGGGAAAAAAUUUAACAAUAAGAUGCACUGUGCAAACGCGAAAAAUAUUAGGUUGGCAACUAAGUUAUUGAAAUUUUUGACUGCUUUUGUUUUGCCAUAACCUUUAAAUGGCUUGACAGUCAACAACUAUAAUACCCACUAUUAGUAACAACAAUACAAACCUUAUCAUCUGAAUGUGCAGUGGCACCACCAACAGAGAAACCAGGGAAAUUAGGCUUUGAAGAUUUCAUGAAGUCGGUUUCUAGAUGUUCUUUUAUACUAAAGUUUUUAUAACUUAGAUCGUGCACAGCCAAAUGGAUGUGAUAUACUCCACAGAGAGUAACAUUAGUACUUCACAACACUUAGGAAAGCAAAGUCUAUUUGGACUGUUUGAUAAUUUUGUACGAUCAUUAUUUCUAUCGGGCCAAACAGGCAUCCCGACGUAAGUGGUUAUUCUAUAUUUCAUUUUGCUCGCAGCCCGAAUCUUUUCUAUCUCCCAUGUAAACAUAUUCGGAGGAGUGAUACUCUGUGUUGGUAAUUUUCCCGAGACCAUAGCGCAUAAAAAAUUUGCUAAAAUCUUUAAAAAUGCUUUCAUCGGGUAUAAAGGGUCUGUUCGGUCUUAACUUCAGAAUACCGCGCCUAGGGUCGCUGGCUCCUGUAUGGCUUUUAACAAAGAGAAUAGACGUCCCUUUUGGUUUUCCUCGAAAGAGACCCCGAGUUGAAAGAGACCCCGAGUUGAAAGAGACCCCGAGUUGAAAGAGACCCCGGAAUCGGGGGUCUCUUUCGAUGUUUCCCCGAAAUGGCCGAAAAGGUCAAAAAUAGGGUAAUCGAUGGCGUAGAUUCCAAAAAUCAUACUCGUUUUUUCGGAUUCUUACUUUUUUUCUUAAGUAGUAAUGUUAAAAAGUAAUUUUUUAAUUUUUUCUAAAAAUAGUCGAUUUAGGGGUUUUCGAGGGUGCUGAUUUCGAAAAUCAUGUUAGCUUUCCUCUUUAUAGUACUACCUGGUACUAUACAGUACGAGGUGAAAAUAUGGAUUUUGGCGUUAAUGGUGUUGGUUUGAAGCCCUGCACUUCUCAAAAAAUGUGUUUUUAGCACUUGGUACUGUAUAGUACAAGGUGGUACUAUAUAGCACGAGGUAAAAAUUAAGCUACAACGCGUGAAUGAAGUUGUUUUGGUAUACAGUACUGAUCAGGCGUUCAUUUUGUGCAAAAACAAAUUCGUGCUAUAUAGUACCAUGUGCUAAAACACAUUUUUUGAGAAGUACUGUAAAUAACUGGUACUGUUUAGUACUGUCUGGUACUAUGUAGUACGAGGUGAAAAUAAGAGUACUAAGCAACAGAACAACACUACUAACGCCUAAAGGCCAAAUUUUUACCUUGUACUACAUAGUACCAGACAGUACUAACAGUACCAGUUAUUUAAAACGUAUUUUUGAGGAGUACUAAGCAUCAAAACAACACCAUUAACGCCAAAAUCCAUAUUUUCACCUCGUACUGUAUAGUACCAGGUAGUACUAUAAAGAGGAAAGCUAACAUGAUUUUCGAAAUCAGCACCCUCGAAAACCCCUAAAUCGACUAUUUUUAGAAAAAUUAAAAAAAUUACUUUUUAAAAUUACUACUUAAGCAAAAAAGUAAGAAUCAGAAAAAACGAAUAUGAUUUUUGGAAUCUACGCCAUCGAUUACCCUUCGGGGUCUCUUUCAACUCGGGGUCUCUUUCAACUCGGGGUCUCUUUCGAGGCGGGGUCUCUUUCAACUCGGGGUCUCUUUCAACUCGGGGUCUCUUUCAACUCGGGGUCUCUUUCGAUGGCUUUCUCCCUUUUCAGGGCCUUAGGUUUAUCAGCGGCUCAAUGGUCUUGGAAAAAAAUAGCAACUACUCGGUUAACUUUUUGGGAGCCGCUACGCAGGUCAUGAAAAUAAAUUCGGUCGCGACUUUAUGUCAUGCUCCAAGAAGGAAGACGGUUUAUGCUACUAUUUGGUUCGUAGUGAAUAGCUCUGUCACUACCCGAAUAGUUAACCGCGCUGCCUUCUUUAGCGUCUCGUGCAACACCUCGAAAGACAGCCUACCGCCUAAUUUUAAGCGAAGUCGUAAUAAUUUCUAUUGAUCCUUUUGGGACAAAAUGUUAUCACAAAACUGUUGAAGGUGUCCUGACGUUGUAAACGUUGUACAUUAGCAUUAUGUCAUUCGAGUUCUAAACGCAAUGCAUGGCACUGCAAAAUAACCACUCAAAAUUGCUCUUAUUCAAAUUCAAGGUACUAUACCAACACGCGAGCUGCGAGUUCGACGCCUCAGGGCUUGAUAGCACUCUAACCCUACUACAGGUGGAAUAGUGUGAUACUAGCCAUACUGACUUAAGAAGGUCUGUGGAAUAAUGCAAAAAAAAAUUCAAUAACUUAGUUGCCAACCUAAUACUCAUGGACUUUAUGAAAGUACUAAUAGAGAAAAGCAUAUUUUCACUGCAGUUUUAUUUAAAACGCGAGCUAAAAGUCUCAAGUAUGCUCUAGAAAAUUAAAGCCUAAAUGUGAGAAAAGCUUGUCGGCAUUGUUUAUACACCCAAAAUCAGAACAUAAGCAUUUCGGAACCCUUAUGAACUACUCCGUUUCAGUUAAUCUACGUUGCCGUUUACAUAGUCCUCUUCUUUGUCCAACUCCUCCGCUACGCCCCCUUCCAUCAUCAGCGCGAAACUCGGCAAGAUUUAUCCCUUGAGAAGCCCGUUAGACCGACCGAAAUCGCCUUACAACAUCGUUGGGAAGACCGGUUAUACACAGUCUGGGUUGGAGUUGUCGUUGUGAUCACACUAUUCGUAUUUAAAGUCGUUUAUCGACACUUCUAUGUGCUCGAAACGAAUGAAAUCACGGGCGCGACAGAGGUGACGGAUAUAAUCGAGGACGACAUUCUGAACAAGUUGCGAGCAAAAUUGGGAAAAAUCUCAGAAGAUGAGGGCUCGGAGGGCUCAAAAUAA